CUUUUAUUUACAUCAGGUUCCCAUAAACAAGUAACAUGGCAAUAAAUACAUUUGGAUACUUCAAACCUUAGUGCCACAUGGAGUGCAUUCCAUUAGGUCCCGUAGGUCCAACAGCGCCAUGUCCAGUAACAACUCCACUAGGUCCAGCUACAACUCCGCCGGACACCAUUCCAGAUGGUCCCACAGCGCCAUUGGAGGUAACCACACCAGAUGGUCCAAUGGGACUAAGAGCCAUGGGGUUGACGAUCUGACCACCCAUUCCGCCGAUCAUUGGAGGCAUGGUCAUACCAUACCGCAUUAACAUUGGGUUGCUGCCUGCCAUCAUUGGGUUGAUGUGCGGGUUCAUCAUUUGGUUCAUCAUGGGGUUCACCAACUGUGAUGGCAGAUGCGGUGGCGAUUGUUGCCAACACGGCGAAGGAGAC